AUGAUAGGAAGAGCCGACAUCGAAGAAUCAAAAAGCAACGUCGCUAUGAACGCUUGGCUGCCACAAGCCAGUUAUCCCUGUGGAUCUAAAGGAUCGAUAGGCCACACUUUCAUGGUUUGUAUUCACACUGAAAAUCAAAAUCAAGGGGACUUUUACCCUUUUAUUCUACGCGAGAUUUCUGUUCUCGCUGAGUCCCCCUUAGGACACCUGCGUUAUUUUUUAACAGAUGUGCCGCCCCAGCCAAACUCCCCACUUGACAAUGUCAAUAACGUGGGUCACGCCAUAAAGGCGCUUAAAACCAGAAGGUGGGCCGUGAAGCCCAAUCCCACAUGA